UUUUGCACUAUUUAUUUAGCCACACAUGUUAUUAUUUUUUUAGAUAUACAAAUUUUGUAGUAGUCAAAUUAUUAUUGAUUUGUUAUGGCAACCUUCACACUUCACAAAGAAACAGUUCAAUCAUGGUUACCUCUAAGCAGACUUCACAUAUUUUUCCACUUCAUAUGUGUCUUGUUUCUCUUUUACUAUCGUAUCAACAAUUUCAUUAUUUCCUAUCCAUGGAUUUUAAUGACACUAGCUGAAAUUAUUCUAUCAAUUAUGUGGUUUUUCAACCAAGCAUACCGGUGGCGCCCGGUCAGUCGUUCGGUCAUGAUCGAGAAAUUACCAGUCGAUGACAAGUUACCGGGACUCGACAUAUUUUUUGGAAAUAAACACCAUUUUUUGAAGAUUUUUAUUAUAAAUGACGAACCAGAAAUUCCACGCGUUGUUUAUGUGUCUCGUGAAAGAAGACCAUCACUUCCUCACAAGUUCAAAGGAGGUGCCCUCAAUACAUUGCUAAGAGUUUCAGGUUUGAUCAGUAAUGGGCCUUAUGUACUUGCAGUGGACUGUGAUAUGUAUUGCAAUGACCCAUCUUCAGCCAAACAAGCAAUGUGUUUCUUUCUUGAUCCAGAAACCUCUAAAUAUAUUGCAUUUGUUCAAUUCCCUCAAAUGUUUCACAACCUUAGCAAAAAAGACAUUUAUGAUAAUCAAUCUAGGACUGCUUUUAAGACAAUGUGGCAAGGGAUGGAUGGAUUGAGAGGUCCAGGUCUUUCUGGCACUGGUAAUUACUUGAAUAGAAGUGCAUUAUUAUUUGGGAGUCCUAAUCAAAAAGAUGACUAUCUUGUUGAUGCCCAAAACUACUUUGGUGAGUCAAGUUCAUACAUAGAAUCACUCAAGGCCAUCCGUGGACAACAAACUAUCAAAAACAAUAUUCUUUCAAAAGAAGAAAUAUUACGUGAAGCUCAAGUUGUUGCAUCUUCUUCCUAUGAAUCAAACACUAAAUGGGGCACUGAGGUAGGAUUCUCAUAUGGUAUCUUACUAGAGAGUACAAUCACUGGCUAUCUAUUGCACUGUAGAGGAUGGAAAUCAGCAUACCUUUACCCAAAAACACCAUGUUUCUUAGGAUGUGCCCCAACUGAUAUCAAAGAAGGAAUGCUUCAAUUAGUGAAGUGGUUGUCUGAACUUUGCUUGCUUGCUGUCUCUAAAUACAGCCCUUUUACUUAUGGAUUUUCAAGAAUGUCAGCUAUUCAUAACUUCACUUAUUGCUUCAUGUCAAUUUCAUCCAUUUAUGCUAUUGGUUUCAUCCUUUAUGGCAUUGUACCUCAAGUAUGCUUCUUCAAUGGAAUACCUGUUUUUCCAAAGGUGACAGACCCUUGGUUUGCAGUGUUUGCAUUCUUAUAUAUUGCCACACAAAUUCAACAUUUAAUAGAAGUCAUUUCUGGUGAUGGAUCAGUUUCAAUGUGGUGGGAUGAACAAAGAAUUUGGAUUCUGAAAUCAGUAACAAGUUUAUUUGCAAUGAUAGAGGCAGUUAAGAAAUGGUUAGGAUUGAACAAGAAAAAAUUCAACUUAUCAAACAAAGCAGCUGACAAAGACCAAGAGAAAAUAAAGAAAUAUGAACAAGGUAGGUUUGAUUUUCAAGGUGCAGCUUUGUACAUGUCUCCAAUGGUUGUUUUACUCAUAGUCAACACUGUUUGCUUCUUUGGUGGUUUAUGGAGACUAUUCAAUACUAGAGAUUUUGAAGAUAUGUUUGGUCAACUUUUCCUAGUUAGCUAUGUAAUGGCUCUUAGUUAUCCCAUUUUUGAGGGCAUAAUAACUAUGAAAAGUAAGAGUGGGUAGUGUGAUUAGACUGUUUCAAGAGUCUAAAAUGGACAAGUAUUUGUACCUUAAAAUGAAAAAUCUCCAUUGUUAUGUUUAGAUUAAUAAAAUAGCUAGUUUUAGUUUCUUUACUAA